AUGAACCCCGCGGUCUCUCUGCGCGCUUCUUCUUCGCUGUCUCUCUCGUCCUUUGCGCCUCGCAUUCGUCUCGCCAGCUCUCCUCAUCUUCUAUCUCAGCCUCAGCUCUGUUUCCGGCCACAGGCCCCCAUCCUCGCCCGCAAAAUGGCAACUUCAGCGCCGUCGAAGAAAGAAUGGAUCGUCAUGCUGCCUGAUAAGCCGGGCAUGCUGGCAAAGCGGGUGGGAGUUCGCAACACUCAUCUCCAGAACCUCGGCCCGAUACUGGAGUCCGGGUUUCUUAAGAUGGGAGGCUCGACUCUUGACCACCAUCCGGCAGAGGGCGAGAACCCUCCACCCAUGAACGGGAGCACCCUCAUCGUUGCUGCCGAAGGUGUUGAGGAGAUCCGCGAGAUCUUAUCCAAGGACAUCUACGCUACCUCUGGCGUGUGGGAUCUUGACAACAUGAAAAUCAUUCCGUUCAAAUGUGCUAUUAGAACUGCUUUGUAG